AUGGAGGUGGACAAAAUGGACGAGAACGACUGGCGGUACCACGGCGAGGGCAACAAGAGCCUGGUUGUCUCCCACGUACAGCUGUCCAAAGUUCUGCGCCUGCUCAAGUAUCCAACUGAGGACUCUGAAAACCCGCCGCAGACGGCCGAGCAAGCCUUCAGGCAGAUCCAGAACAUCGUUGACUUCGGCUCCAACGUGAUGAGCGGCCUGCUGGGCAACAAGUUCAUCCACAGCGGAGAAGUCGUCAAGCUGCCGCUGGAGUUUGUCCGUCAGCUGUCAAUCAAAGUCCAACAGCACCGGCCCGCGUGGCGCUGCGACAAAGUGAUGGACAUCUACAGCGGCUGCGCUCUUUGUCUGCCCAACUUGACGCGGCCCAGCGGCCUCCUUACCCUCUCGCACAUUCCUCCGCUUUGUGUGGAAAUCAAGCCCAAGUGCGGCUUCCUACCGUCGUCCAAGCACAUCAGCCGAGACGUCAAGAGCAAAGUGUGUCGCUUCUGCAUGCACCAACACUACAAAGUGGCUACCGGGCGCUGGAAAAGACGCAGCCUGUACUGCCCGCUGGACUUGUUCUCAGGGAGCAGACAGCGGAUGCACUUUGCCGUCCGACAACUCAUUGAAGAACCUCAGAACAACUUCAAAAUCUUUAAGGGGGGUCAGUGCAUAUACAGCGGGGGCGCUGGCGACGAUUCCUCGGACCUUAACACUCUGCUCUACCACCUGCGACCUUAUUUCCUCUACGCCAACAAUCGCCUCCACGCGCACACGAGCGCCAAAGCCGUCCUGGGGGACUUCAUCCAGGUGCUGGUCAACGCCUUGCUGAACGGCGGCGGCGUGACAGAGCGACGGGAAGAUGGCCGCGCUUUCUGCGAGGCUAGCCUCUUCAACAAAGACAGAAGUCGACACGGCUCUCAGGGUUUGCCCGGCGAUAGCGUCCUGUCACGAAUUCUCCGCACGCAAAUGUUGGACAACCUUAACAUCGAAGGCAUUUACCCUCUCUAUCGGCGAGUGGAGCAACACCUGCGCGACUUCCCCAAAGAGAGAAGUCGCCUGCAGGCGGACGGUCCUUACAACGACGCCUUCUUGGAGCGUCUGCAGAAAUGCCCGGCGGAGGAUGACGGCUCGCUGGACUUCGCCGUGUCCAAGGUGCAUCAGUACCGCGUGGCCAUGACGGCAAAGGAUUGCUCCGUCAUGGUCGCCCUGGCGCCCGUCGCCGACAACGACCACUGCGACGACCAAGACUGCGACGACGAUUUACGCGGACAACGUCGCCUACGCGACUUCCUGCCGCCGCGACCGUCCGCCUUCUCCUACUCUGUGUCCAUCUUGGACUUGGACCCCAAGCCACUGGACAGCAUUCCCCUACAGCUGGGACUGGACCACAAGAUCGUGGCUUGUUAUGAGCGCGCCUUCGCCCUCAGGCCCGCCUGA